AUGAGCUGCAGACAGUUCAUGUCCUCCCCGUGGGGCUGCAACAGCUCUGAGGGCAGCAUGAUGUCCUCAUUCAGCCGCAUGAGCUGCUCAGGGGCUGGUGGAGGAGGGGGCCGAUUCAGCUCUUCCAGUAGCUACGGAGCCGGGAGCUCUGGGGCCUGUGGGAGGGGAGGUGGUGGCAGUUUCGGCUCCAGCUACGGUGGAGGAUCUGGGGGUGGUUUUAGUGCUGGUAGCUUUGGUGGACGUUCUAGGAGUUUCGGUGGUGGUUCUGGAGGAUGCUUUGGGGAUGGAUCUGGAGGAGGCUUUGGGGGGCCUGGGGGCUUUGGCAGUGGCUUUGACAGUGGUGCUGGUGGUAUUCUGGGUGCUGAUGAGAAGACCACCAUGCAGGACCUCAAUUUCCGGCUGGCCUCCUACUUGGAUAAAGUGCAAGCACUGGAGAAUGCCAGCAAGGAACUGGAGAAUAAGAUCCGAGAAUGGUAUGACAAGCAGGGACCCAGGGCCUUCCACAGGGAUUACUCCUCCUACUAUGACACUAUCGAAGACCUCAAGAACCAGAUUGUGAACAUCACAGUGAACAGCAAUAAGACUCUCCUGGAUCUUGACAACACUUGCAUGACGUUGGAUGACUUCAGGAUGAAGUAUGAGAUGGAGAACAGCCUGCGACAAGGAGUGGAUGCUGACAUUAAUGGCUUGCGGAAGGUGCUAGAUGAUCUGACCAUGCAAAAGUCUGACCUGGAGAUGCAGUAUGAGUCUCUGCAGGAUGAAUUGGUUGCCCUCAAGAAGAAUCAUCAGGAGGAGAUGAACCAGCUGACUGGGCAGAACUCUGGAGAUGUCAGUGUGGAGAUAAAUGCUGCUCCUGGCAAAUAUCUCACCAAGAUCCUCAAUGACAUGCGUGAGGAGUAUGAGCAGAUCAGUGCUAAGAACCGUAGGGACAUUGAGGAGCAAUAUGAGACUCAGAUGAGCCAGAUGGAGCAGGAGGUGAUGAAUAGUGGCCGGGAGAUGGAGUCUAACCACAAGGAGGUGACCCAGCUCCGGCACAGCAUCCAGGAGAUGGAGAUUGAGCUGCAGUCUCAGCUCAGCAGGAAAUCAGCCCUGGAGAAGUCCUUGGAAGACACCAAGAACCGCUACUGUGGCCAGCUGCAGCAGUUGCAGGAGCAGAUCAGUAACCUCGAGGGCGAGAUCACUGAGAUCUGGGAAGAGAUUGAAUGCCAGAAUCAGGAAUACAGCCUUCUGCUCAACACCAAGACACGGCUGGAGCAGGAAAUUAAGACCUACCACAGCCUCCUUGAGGGUGGCCAGGAGGACCUUGAACCUCAUGAAUCUGGACGAAGUCACUUUGGAGGUAGCAGAAGUAGAUAUCAAGGUGGUGGAGGCAGUCACGGAAGAGGAUCCUGGGGAGGAAGUGGAGGCAGCUAUGGUGGAGGAAGUAGUUCUGGAGGAAGAACUGGAGGCAGCCACGGAGGAGGAAGUGGUGGCAUUGGUGGAGGAAGUAGUUCUGGAGGAAGAAGUGGAGGCAGCCACAGAGGAGGAAGUGGAGGCAGCUAUGGUGGAGGAAGUAGUUCUGGAGGAGGAAGUGGAGGCAGCUACGGAGGAGGAAGUAGUUCUGGAGGAGGAAGUGGAGGCAGGGGAGGAAGUGGAGGCAGCUCUGGGGGAAGAAGUAGUUUUGUAGGAAGAAGUGGUGGUGGCUAUGAAGAAGGAAGUGGGUCCAAAGGAGGAAGUGGAAGACCAGCUCAGUCCCAGUCCUCUUCCUCCAAAUCUGGUGAAUGUGAUGAUAAACAAGGCUACCAGAAUCGAUACUAG